AAAUGGGUGGAUAUGGAAAGUGGGAGCGAGAGGAAAAGGAAUCUGAGACGAGAGAAUAUAAACACCAGAGCAGAAAGUUGAAUGAAAUUCAAAACCCAGGGACACCUAAAAACGUUUGCGGCUGACUGUGCCCACAGCCUGCAGCAGUCUACACUCAUGCACUCUCCGAAAAAUCAGCAGGAUCUUGCCCUUGCCUCAUGGGUGAAUGGUUAAUUUGUGCAGGAAGGAAUGGUCCCCAAUACAUGUUUGAGAACAGGGACCUCAGCAAGAUAUCCUGAAGUUAAAAGAAGGCAAACAAUCUUGGAAAGAUUUUAAUUACAGCUGAGGGAGUGCAGCCCUCCCUUGCGCGGGUCAGCUUGCCAAGCUCCAGCUGCUUGCAGCGAAUGAAUGAAAUGGGAAGGGCGGGAUGGAGGGAGCGAGUGCAAUCACAGCCAGCGAAGGGGAUAGUCAGCUCCGCGGCCCCUGCAACGUCACCGAAGCGUGGGACCCCAUGAGUAUAAAGAGAGCCUGUAGCGCAGGAUGCUCAGUUCUCCAGCCUGUGCCGGGCAGCUGGCACCCUCCCUAGGUGUGAUGUGACGCGGUAACCCUUAAUCUAGGGAGGAUCUCAUUCCUUCUGCCUGCCAGAGCCGCGAGCGCCUCUGAGAAAGUGCAGCUGUUGCCCCUUAGCCCCAGCUGCAUCCCCUAACCAGCAGGGAUUGCAGUAUCUUUCAGCUUCCAGUCUUAUCUGAAGACCCCGGCACCAAAGUGACCAGGAGGCAGAGAAGAACUUCAGAGGAGUCUCGUCUUGGGCUGCCCGUGGGUGAGUGGGAGGGUCCGGGACUGCAGACCGGUGGCGAUGGCCACUCUCCCAGCAGCAGAAACCUGGAUAGACGGGGGUGGAGGCGUGGGGGCAGACGCCGUGAACCUGACCGCCUCGCUAGCUGCCGGGGCGGCCACGGGGGCAGUUGAGACUGGGUGGCUGCAACUGCUGGACCAAGCUGGCAACCUCUCCUCCUCCCCCUCCGCGCUGGGACUGCCUGUGGCUUCCCCCGCGCCCUCCCAGCCCUGGGCCAACCUCACCAACCAGUUCGUGCAGCCGUCCUGGCGCAUCGCGCUCUGGUCCCUGGCGUAUGGUGUGGUGGUGGCAGUGGCAGUUUUGGGAAAUCUCAUCGUCAUCUGGAUCAUCCUGGCCCACAAGCGCAUGAGGACUGUCACCAACUACUUCCUUGUGAACCUGGCUUUCUCCGACGCCUCCAUGGCCGCCUUCAACACGUUGGUCAAUUUCAUCUAUGCGCUUCAUAGCGAGUGGUACUUUGGCGCCAACUACUGCCGCUUCCAGAACUUCUUUCCUAUCACAGCUGUGUUCGCCAGCAUCUACUCCAUGACGGCCAUUGCGGUGGACAGGUAUAUGGCUAUUAUUGAUCCCUUGAAACCCAGACUGUCUGCUACAGCAACCAAGAUUGUCAUUGGAAGUAUUUGGAUUCUAGCAUUUCUACUUGCCUUCCCUCAAUGUCUUUAUUCCAAAACCAAAGUCAUGCCAGGCCGUACUCUCUGCUUUGUGCAAUGGCCGGAAGGUCCCAAACAACAUUUCACUUACCAUAUUAUCGUCAUUAUACUGGUGUACUGUUUCCCAUUGCUCAUCAUGGGUAUUACAUACACCAUUGUUGGAAUUACUCUCUGGGGAGGAGAAAUCCCAGGAGAUACCUGUGACAAGUAUCAUGAGCAGCUAAAGGCCAAAAGAAAGGUUGUCAAAAUGAUGAUUAUUGUUGUCAUGACAUUUGCUAUCUGCUGGCUGCCCUAUCAUAUUUACUUCAUUCUCACUGCAAUCUAUCAACAACUAAAUAGAUGGAAAUACAUCCAGCAGGUCUACCUGGCUAGCUUUUGGCUGGCAAUGAGCUCAACCAUGUACAAUCCCAUCAUCUACUGCUGUCUGAAUAAAAGAUUUCGAGCUGGCUUCAAGAGAGCAUUUCGCUGGUGUCCUUUCAUCAAAGUUUCCAGCUAUGAUGAGCUAGAGCUCAAGACCACCAGGUUUCAUCCAACCCGGCAAAGCAGUAUGUACACCGUGACCAGAAUGGAGUCCAUGACAGUCAUGUUUGACCCCAACGAUGCAGACACCACCAGGUCCAGUCGGAAGAAAAGAGCAACGCCAAGAGACCCAAGUUUCAAUGGCUGCUCUCGCAGGAAUUCCAAAUCUGCCUCCGCCACUUCAAGUUUCAUAAGCUCACCCUAUACCUCUGUGGAUGAAUAUUCUUAAUUCCGUUUCCUGAGGUAAAAGAUUAGUGUGAGGCCAUCAUGGUGCCAGUCUAGGACCCCAUUCUCCUAUUUAUCGGUCCUGUCCUAUAUACCUUCUAGAAGCAGAAAGCAAUUUUUAGGCAGCUAUGGUCAAAUUGAGAAAGGUAGUGUAUAAAUGUGACAAAGACACUAAUAACAUGUUAGCCUCCACCCAAAAUAAAAUGGGCUUUAAAUUUAUUCUUUGAAAACUCUGAAUUAUUAUAUGCAAUGAACAAAAAUAUGUCAGAAAAAUACUUGUAAACUCACCAGUCUGUCUCAUUUACAAAUUGCAAUAUACAUUUGUGACAUUAAAAUGACAUAGUUUUUCCAAGAGAUUAAAGAAUCUUUAAAACAUAAUAUUGUAAGUGAAGGGAAACAAAAUCUGUAUAAAAUCUGUAUAAAAUAGGCUUUUUUGCCUAGAGAUAUAAAAUGGGAAAAAAAGUUAAAUGAUUCAUUUUCCCACUAGAGUAAUGGAAAAUUAACCUCAAGAAGUAGGAACUGAAAAUCUUUGCUCAAGAAAACUCAUUUUGUAGAAUGUAAAGAUUUAAAGAUUUCUUCCGUGGCAUUUAACUGAAAAGGAAAUCUAGUUAAAUCAUUAGGCAAAUGUAUAUUUCAUUCUCUUGAUUUUUUUUCUGAGAAAGUGAAAUUUUAAAAAAUUGUAUACUUUUUGACCAUUACUUAUUUUUGAAUACCAAGCUAAAAAGUAGUCAGUUAAGACCCUAAAAAUAUAUAGAAAAUUCCUAUCAUUUUUUAUUUUUCACAGAUUUUUUAAAUAGCUAGAUUAUAAAACGUAAAGGUACAUUCCAAUAAAUAGAGGAAGAAUACUAUUUAUGUUCUCUUCCUCUCCCCUCACUGAGAAUAGAAUAAGGACUAGGAGAAAAUAUCUUCAAAGGCAACUCCUUAGGGAAAAAAAGUCACAAGUGUGACAAAAGAAUAUAUGGUUGAAAAAUACCAAUAUAUGUUACAUAUGAGUAAACUAGGCAAGGUGUAGACAAGUGAAUUACCUCUUAGAAAACAAAUCUGCACAAUAGUUUGGAUACAUGUAAACUAAUACCAGCUGAGCAAGAGGGUGAGUUUAACACACAUCCUUCCACAGAAAGACCUUUUCUUUCAUUUGCUUAGAUUAUUCAGAAGUCUUACCAGAAAGAAAUGAGAUAAUAGUCCUAAGAAAGCAUCACAUUUACUACAAGAAGAUAUAUACUAGCACAUUUCUGAGACUCAUAACAUAACAAGAAAUACUUUUAAGUGUAAAAAGUAACAUCCAGGCCUCAGUGCUUACAGAUCAUCUUUCCUUGAAUUAGGGAUACUGUUAAUCCUGCUCAAGAAAGCAGAAACUUUUUGAGAAUGUGAAUGUGUAGUACGAACUUCUCCUUUAAACUCUUCAGUUUGAUUUUUAAAGAUAUUUGUCUAAAAUAAUACUCUCUAACAAACACUUUAUUGUUGUGCCUCCACCAAUAUUAAAACAAAAUGUUUUUGAAGAACAGAAUAAAAGCAAAUAUUCAAUGGCAAA